AUGUCGGACCUCCAAUAUUACAGCUACCCCGGUGUUGGCACCAGCAAUAGAGAACAGUUCUCGUACAGCCAAGCUGUUAGAGUUGGAGAUAGCAUCCACUGUUCUGGACAAGGCGGAUGGCGUCCUGAGGGCAAGGUGGCCGAGAUCCCCACCGAAAUUAACGAGCAAAUCGACCAAGCCUUCAAGACGGUCGACCACAACCUCAAGCACGCCGGUGGCAAGGGAUGGAGCCAGGUGUUUCGAGUCAACUCGUAUCAUGUUCCGCUCAACAACGAGGCCAUCGCUGCCAUGACCAGAAACUUUAAGAAGUGGAUGCCGGAACAUCAGCCGAUUUGGACUUGCGUGGGGGUUACGAGACUUGGUGAAGAUGAUAUGAGGGUGGAGAUUGAAGUGGUGGCACAUGAUCCAGAGGGUGCAAAGGCUGCCAAAGCUUAG